CUGAGGCAACUUGCCACAGAUCAUUUCAAUCAACGUCAGUACUUCAUACAAAAAGCAAAAGAUGCUUUUCAUAGAGGAAUGUCGGAAGUUGCUUCUUUUUAUUCUCAAAGGGGUAGUGAACAUCAACAAAAAUUCAAAGAGAUAAAUAAAAUGGCUUCCAAAUUAAUUUCUGAACAGAGGAAUGAUUCCUUAUCUGCACAUGUUCUUGAUUUGCAUGGAUUGUAUGUACAGGAAGCAAUACCUCUUCUUGAUAAAUUCAUUCGUAAUUGGAAACAAGCAAUGCAAAGUCCACAGCAAACAAUUCCUCAAUCUAUUUCUGUUAUAACUGGUCAAGGAUUGCACAGCGAAAGAGGGGCAAAAUUGAGACCAUCU